UACCUUCCAAUCUUUUGUUGUAGUUAAAUGACGCUCUGUAGAAUAGUGCAGGUGAGGUGUGUUUGAGGCUGAAAGCUCCAACUGAGCUCCAGGCCCGGGAAGCCGGAAAGACGGCGAGCUGGGCAGGACGAGCAGGAAAUGGCGACGAGGCGUCUGCUGCUGACGCUGCUGGCUUGUUGGAGUCUGAAGGCGAGCCGGGGCCUGAACAUCAAGCCCAACACGGACAUGGAGUUCACCUUCGUCUUACCUGCCGGCAGCAGAGAAUGUUUCUACCAGACCACGGACAAGAACAGCAGCCUGGAGUUUCAAUACCAAGUGGUGGGGUCGCCAAAUCUGGACGUGGGCUUCGUCAUGGUGUCGCCCAGCGGCCGCAGAGAGGCCUACGACUACAGGAGAUCCCACGCCAUCCACAGUGUGGCUCUGACCGAGGCCGGAGACUACAAGCUGUGUUUCGACAACAGCUACAGCAGACGCAAGGAAAAGUUGCUGUUCUUCGCCAUCGUCAUCACCACCAGCUCCAACGACACGGACGACUACGAGGACCUGGAAACGGACAUCAUCACGCUGGACGACAUGGAGUUGAAGCUGGACGACAUCAGGACCCAGCUGGAGAAGGUCUACCGGUCCAUCCAGAGGGGUCGCCUGAUCCAGUUGAUGCUGAAGACCUUCGACACCAGGGACGUGCACCUCCAGGAGGACAACUUGUGGAAGGUGACCUUCUGGUCCUUCAUCAGCAUGGUGUGUGUCCUCACUGUGGCCGGGGUCCAGGUCUACACGCUGCAGUCCUUCUUCUCCAACACCAGGCCCGGCUGACCACCUGCAGGCGGCUCACUUUCUUACUGGAAACUUGCCAAAGAGACACAGCCUUGCCUCUUGAGAUGAAUUUUAAAUCAAUUUAAUUCUUGCUUGCCCCCCAAAUCUCACCAUUUGAACAUUUAACAAGUUCAUUAAACUAACUUUGAGCGACAAAAAUAAAAACAAAUAGGAUGCACGACAAACAACUGCAUGUAAUGAGAAUGUAGAGUAUUUACCUUGAGUGGACUUUUACAGUAUCUUCUUCCAGCUGCUUCUUGGGCAAACACACCAUCAGCAGCUUAGCCAUAAUUUCAUAGAUACAUGUCCACAGUUCAGAUAUUAUUCUAAUGUCUUUGGCGAGCGAUAUUGCUUGAGUACGGUGCAGACUAACAGUCAAAAGUCUUUGGAAAUUCAAUAAAUAUCCUUCACACUCA